AUGUCCUCGCCAGCUCCCAGCCAGCAGAGUGGGAUGAGCGGGUCGGAGCUGUUCCCCCAGCCUCGUGCGAAGAGGCAGCGUGUGGCGAAGGCUCAGUCUUCGAAGAGAGAGAAGAGCAAGCGCAAGGCGGUCAUGGACGAAGACAUCGAGGAGAAGAGCUCCAAGAAGCGUGCGGUGGAGGGUGACGACUCCCGCCCCAGCCCUGUCCCCGUCGACGACGCCCAGGUCGAGCACGACGACGACGCCAACGCCCUGGACGGCCCCUCCCUCCGCACCUACCUGCACCACCACUCCCGCCUCCUGGUCAAGAUCUACGAGGCGCUCGUCAAACUGCAAUCCGGCCACGUGAACUCGCAAGAGAUGCUCUCUGCGAUAAUGCACAUGAAGCGAGAGACCGGCCGCCUCUAUGUCAGUUCGAACUAUUUGACGAACCCAGACAACAUUCUUGGGAAGUUCCCCCUUCUUAGCGGCAAGGUCAAGCCCUCGUACCGCGGUGAUGGGCUGAGCAGGCUCGACGACGCCGAGGUGCCCGAGCUGUACGAGGAGAUCACUGAGCUCUCGCGCGGCGGCACCUGGAAGUGCCCCAAUGAUGGGUGUGGGGUUAGCUUUGAGAUGCGCACCGAACUGCGCGAUCACAUGAAACAUCUGAUUGCUGGCAAUGAGGGGAGGCCACAAGGUCUUGCGAGAGCACCGAGUAAGGCGAGCAGCCCUUGGCAAGACCCGACACUCGGCGAGCCAGGUAUAGCGAACCGGUCGCAUGCCUGCUGUGAGCUUAAUGAUACGACGAUGAAGCUCACCCGCUCUCGACCUGCAUUCCGAUCACAGCGUAGUCACUGUAAUUCGAGCAAGACCGCCCAGGAGCACACCAACACCUCCUAUGCCAAGCCGAAGUCGGGCAUUGAACGAUGUACCCACUCCCCCACAUGGGCUUAA